UUAAUUGUGUAGUUCUGGGAUAAUUGCUAGAAAUGCUGUAUACAUAUAGGUUUUCGUGGCCCGUAGGAGGGGAUGUGAAAUCUGUUCGUGUGACUGGAAACUUUGAUAACUGGUCAAAAAGUGUUGAAUUGAAAGAGAAAGGUGCUGAAUUCCAAGGAUGGGUCACUGUUCCCAAUCGGGAAAAACUCGUGUUCAAAUUUGUAAUUAAUGAAGAUAAUUGGGUAAUUAGUCAUGAUUACAACAUUGAAUUUGAUGAUAGUGGGAUUGAAAAUAACUACUUAGAUCCUGAUAAUUUGACAGAAGUUGUACAUGAAGAUACUCAAGUGGCCCCUAGUCCAGCUUCUGAUCCCUUAUCUAAAGAUAAAGUUGCGUCAGUUACACAAAACCCGGAUGUUGCAACCAUUACUAAAGCUCCAGAAAUUGCAAGUGAACCUUCACCACCAGCAUUAACUGCAGUGAAGGUUCCUUCACGUACAAUUGCUGCAUUGGGUAAUAUUGUCCCUUCACCUGAAACUCCACCUCCCACUACCACCGAUAGUCCCACCAAAAGUGGUCCCAAGAUACCUGAACCAUCUUCUCGUGGCUUUGAUGAUGUUGCGCCAAUUACCAAGAGUGAGCCAUUGAUUACCGCACCCCCAACUAAGCCAGAGGCUUCUGAGUCUAGUGCACCACCAGUUACCACAGCACCACCAGUUUCGGUAUCUGUGCCACCUUCAACCACAGUACCCCCUGUGACUAGUGCCCCAAAGAAGUUGGAUACUUCAACUGCUUCACCUGAACCUUUGGAAUCAACUACCCUGCCACUAACUCAAAUUCUCACCACUACAUCUUCAUUUGCUGGUGUUUCACUUCCUUCUCAAGAUUCCACUUUUGAGCAUCUUGAUGACACCGGCGAAGAAGACCAGUUAGAUGACGAAGAGGAAGAUGAAGAAGAUAUUAAUCAGUUCAAUACUCCCACCAAUUCUCUCUUUAAUUCUGGGGUAUUAACAACUCCAACUAAAACGGAUUCGUCCAGUACUAACCCAACAUCUGCCCGCAAGAAAAAAGGUGAUGUCGUUGAAAUACUACAGGCACCAGGUGCAUAUCCGUCUUCUAGUUUUAGUAAUUCAAGUUCGAAUGAUAAGGAUAAGAAAGAUGGGUUAGUAUCCAGGUUUAAAAGCUUGUUCAGAUAUUGA